AUGACUUCAAGUGAUAUUCCAGACUUUGAUAACCUGCCACAUGUGGAGGGAAUGCCUCAGGGCUGUGCAUGGGGUAUUUUUGAUCAAGACGGACGAAAGGACUUGCUGGGAACACUCAAUCUACUCACACCCACGGUUGUUGCAGCGGCGUGUAAGGAAGCUAGGGAUGGGAUUUCAAUAUCUCUCAAUUGGCCGCAACACAGUUCCAAGAUACCCACGCCCGGCCGUAUACCAACGACGCACAAGUUGAUGACCCUGGAAGAGGGGGGCAUCUCCAAGUCGGCCGGCUGGGACGAUGAGUUGCACUUCAACACGCAAUCUAGUAGUCAAUGGGACAGCCUAGUCCAUUGGCAGCAUCAAGAUUCCAAGCUUGCCUACAAUGGCAUCAAGGUUACCCACGAAGGUUUGUCGGCGGAAACCACAAGCACCAACGCGAUGCCAACGCUGGAUCACUGGCAUGGGCGUGGAGGCGUCGUCGCCCGUGGUGUUCUGAUUGAUUUCAAGGCAUGGUAUGAAGCCAGGGCCGCUGCCGAAGGCAAGACGGGAGCCGAAGCCACUUUUCACCCGCUGGAUGGGCAUCGCAUCACCGUUGCAGAAAUGGAGCACGUGGCAAAGGACCAGGGCGUCGAGUUUCGACACGGCGACGUCCUGAUCGUCCGUACGGGCUUGACCGAGAUCUGGGGAAAUCCACAACCCGCCGACUUGGCAAAGCUCGGCAACUUUCAACUUUCGGGGGUUCACGGAUCUCUCGAGACCGUCAAAUGGCUGUGGAACAGACACUUUGCAGCUGUCGCAGGUGACUCGAUCGCGUUCGAGGCCUUGCUCCCGCUGAAGGAAGACGGCACUCCUGCUGACAUGAGCGAUCUUGUUCUGCACCCGUGGCUCUUGUCCAUGUUCGGCAUGAGUAUUGGUGAGCUGUGGGACCUGAAGGCGCUCUCUGAGCAUUGUAAAAAGGUUAAUCGCUAUUCCUUUCUGCUCACGUCAGUCCCUUUGAACGUGCCUGGCUUGGUUGGAUCGCCGCCAAACGCCUUGGCAAUCUUCUAG